AUGACACUCAGGGUUUCGUUCAACACAAAAUAUGGAAGAGUACCCCCUAAUUGUACUCCAAGGCGCAUUGCCAUAAUAGCAACCCCAGGGUUUCGUUCAACACCGGUGUUUAAGAGUGGAAGA